AGCUAAUGGAACGAAGACCGGUGUUAAGUCGGGAGAUCGGAGCUUAAAACCUACCUCGGAGGCUUACUACCUGGGUGACCCUGGUCAGGUUACCUUAUCUCCCUGCCUUCGGUUUCCCCACCUGUAUAAUGAGGAAGUCGAUUGAAGUAUGAGGCUUUUGAAGUCCUUUUCAAUUGCACUUAUCUCAAAAGCCUCCUUCCUAUUUGUAUUAUAUCGACGCUGAUAACGUAUUCUAUGUCCCGAUGUACAGACUAGAAGGGAUUGUGAACCAGAAAGAAUGUUUGGUGUUGUGGUGGUCGGCGUUGGCAGGGCUGGAUCUGUGCGGAUAAGGGAUUUGCAGAGUCCCCAGCUUCCUCCCAGCCCCCUGAAACUGAUUGGAUUUGUAUCCAGGCGAGAACUUGGUAACAUUAAUGAGGUGAAGCAAAUCUCCCUGCAAGAUGCUCUUUCCAGCACAGAAGUUGAUGUCGCCUACAUCUGUAGUGAGAACGUUAGCCACGAGGAGUAUGUCAGGCAGUUUCUCAAUGCUGGCAAACAUGUCCUGGUGGAAUAUCCAAUGACUUUGUCUCUGGCAUCAGCCCAGGAACUCUGGAAGAUGGCAAAGGAGAAAGGAAAAAUCCUACAUGAGGAGCACAUUGAGCUCCUGACAGAAGAAUUUGCUUUCUUAAAAAAUGAAGUGGCUGGGAAAGAGUUGUUGAAAGGAACUCUUCACUUUACAGGUGGUCCUCUUGAGAAAGAACGGUUUGGCUUUCUUGCAUUUAGUAGCAUUGCUCGUCUAUCCUGGCUGGUGAGUCUCUUUGGAGAGCUUUCAGUCAUUUCAGCUACCAUGGAAGAACAGGAGGAGAAUAAAUAUCUGAAAAUGACUGUGAACUUGGAGACUGUGAACAAGAGGCCACUGACUUGGAUUGAAGAAAGAGGCCCUGGCCUGAAACGUGAACGGCAUAUUAAUUUCCUUUUUGAAUCUGGUCUCCUGGACAGCAUCCCUCCUCCAACUCAAGGAAACAAGAAUAUUUUCCUGAAAGACCAAGAUAUAUUUGUCAAGAAACUUUUGGGCCAAAUGUCCACAGAGGACCUGGCCAAGGAGAAGAAACACAUCCUGCAUUGCAUGAAAAUUGCUGAUGAAAUCCAAAAGUACUGUCAACACUCCAAAAAAGACGGGCCCCUGGGAGGAGCAGAGGGCACAGUGUAACACCUCCAAGAGUGGAUUUCAGAGUACUUGGAAGUCUUAGAAAAUAAUACUGGAGUGGUAGUGGUGAUGUUUAAUUUUUCCCAUUAAAAAGACUUUCUUAGA